CCAGCCCACCCCAAUCCCCCAUUCUCAUUCUGCCCAACCUUCUCAUUCUGAUAGGAACUGAACCGGCAGAAGCACAGCACACAGGGCCACUGAUUAAGGCCACAGGUCCAGAGAUGGGACGAAGAGACUGAGGGUGAUCAGGAAGGUGCACAUUCAGACGAUUCCUGGCAAAAUGGUGGCAGAAGAAGUAGUGGUUACCCUCUCGGGUGGAGCACCUUGGGGGUUUCGACUGCAAGGAGGAAGCGAGCAAAAGCAGCCCCUUCAAGUGUCUAAGGUUAGAAAACGCAGUAAGGCAUGUCGGGCCGGUCUACGGGAGGCUGAUGAACUGAUAUCAAUUAAUGAUGUGUUUUGUGGUGAACUGUCUCACGCUGAGGCCAUGAAUCUGAUCGACAGUGGCCGGGGAACCCUUCAUUUACGGAUUAAAAGGGCCCCUUUGGGCUUCCAGUCGGUAGUCCUACUGGAUCGUGCCCCCUCUCCUCGUAUCGAUAAAGAAUACCGGGCAGCACUCAGAGCUUUGUCUCCUCCAGUGUCUUCAAAAGUCUCAUCUGUCCAUAGAGGUUCACUCAUGUCACCCACCAAUGGUGCAGAAUGGCUGAGAUCUCCUCCUGAGAGCGAAGCAUAUUAUGGUGAGACUGACAGUGACGCAGACAUUGUAGCGCAGGACAGACAUCGCAAACAGAAGCGUCGCAGUCCCAGCAUAUCGCCAGCCAAAGCCUUUGGACGAAGCUCACCCUUUCAGGAUGACAACUCUGAGAUAAGUGGCUGUGAGAGUACAUCUGAUAUGUCUGGAUACUCCCAGACUCAAUGCUGGGCUGUUCCUAAUGGCACACACGAGGGGGUGGGACUUCCACAGCAGAAAAGUUUACCUGGAGUAGCACGAAGAGAGGUUGUGUACCAUCCUAAUGGCUUGGAGUGGCCAUUUCAGUCUGAGAACUCAUUCGAGAACUCUGAUGAAAGCCCAUCAGGUGCUGUAGAGGUGGAUAGUGGCUUCCAGGAACCCCCAACAAUUCCACUUGUGUCCCCAGCACGCGCCAAAGAAGCGCUCAUGCGCACAUCCUUAUCACAGCUGGUGCCAAUGGUAGGACCUGUGGAUAAGCCUGUAGAUGAGGAGCUCACUAUGACAUAUAUGGAUAAAGCCAGGGAAGCCAAACUGCACAGAAGUGAGAGCGUACAGGACAAGCAGGUGAAAGAGGCUCGAUCCAAGUGUCGCACCAUUGCCUCUUUGCUGACAGACGCUCCGAACCCUCACUCUAAAGGUGUGCUUAUGUUUAAAAAGCGCCGACAAAGGGCCAAGAAAUACACACUUACCUGCUUUGGCAGCGCUGACUCCGAAAGCUGCAGCAACACAGACGGAGAGACGGAGGAUGAGAGCCUUUUCCUAGGCAGCGAGUCAGAGAUUGAUGAGGACAGCCUUUCAGCAGCACCAGACCCUACCUGGGACAGUGGUUACCUGGACAUUUUAGAGAAGAGGACAUCGGCAUGUGUGUUGUCUGAUGGGGAGGCAGAGAGUAGCCCAAGCUUAAGUGGCACCUCGGGGAAAGGAGCACAGCUCUUUGAGCAGCAGCGGAAAAAGUCUGAGAAACAUAUACCAACACCUAUUACUCCGAUGCCAGCCCCCCUGCCCCAGCAACAGUCUGAUGCCAUGUUGACCUACACGCCCGUUACCCUAAUGACACCAAUUUCACCCCACAGUACAAGCAUGGUAAAUGGGGAACCAGUGGUAGUGAGCAGGACCACCGUAGUUUUGUCUUCACCAGGCCAGACUCCCAUGUCCACUAUGUCAGACGCUUUUCCAGAGCAGCCAGAUGCUUUAUCUGGAAACUCAGUUCUCAACAGAACUGCGCGGCCUUUUGCCCCAGGCUGUGUCAGCCAAAGAGCUGCAACAGCCCCAGUGGUGUUUAAGCCCAAUACCACCAAGAAGACCCCACUUCAGUCUCAAUCAGUUUCUGUUGCAACAGCUUCUUUCUCUCCAGUUAGCUCGGAUGGGAAGAGGGCAGUCGCUAGUACAACCCUGUACAUCCCCCCAAGACCAUCUACUGUCAGUGUCAACUCGAUCUUGUCUCCAAGCUCCUCUGUGGCCUCAGCUCCAUUCUCCCCUGUUUCUUCAAACACUGCACCUUUUGCACUACAGAAUUUAGGCAUGUCUUCUUAUCACUCUCCUUCCGGUGCCCCUAGUCUACCAUUUAACCCAUCCAUGAGUUCCCAAACUGUUUCUUCACCAUUGUCACAAAAUUUGUCAUUAAGCUCACCUCCUGUCAAGUCUCAACCUCCACCACCACCCUGUGUGUCAUUGCAGUCAUAUUUAUCUACUUAUACCCCUAGCCUAUGCCAUACAAAUAUCCUAGGCCCUGCACCUGUUCAAGAACCUGCACCAACCCCUCAAGGCCCAAAUAUGCAACCACCACCAUCACCUCACAAAGUUUCUUUCAACCCAUAUAUCUCAGUGGCAACCACAACCUCUGGAACAUCAGAAUCUCCCAUAGUCCAUCAGUAUCCCCUUUCUAAUUCAAGUUCAGGGAUUUCUUCUCGAGAACAGAGGAUCUCUGUACCUGCUGUGCGGACAGGCAUACUGCAAGACGCUCGCCGACGUAGCACUAAAAAGCCUAUGUUCAGUAAACCAGAAGAGAAAAAGCCCGCGUCCUACAACCCUGAGUUGCUGUCUUUAGUGCAGAACCUGGAUGAGAGGUCCCGUCCUGGGACAGAGCCUGGAUUUGAGUCAGGUCCAGAGGAAGAUUACUUUAACCUGGGUGCUGAGGCUUGCAACUUCAUGCAGGCUCAAAGAAGCAAGAUACCACCAUUGAUCGCUCCUAAGCCAGCAAAUAACACAAUUGAUAUUCCUCAGAUGGGAGGAAAAGGAGCAGAUUUGUUUGCUCGACGACAGAGUCGCAUGGAUCGCUAUGUGAUAGACAAGUCUCCAGCCAAGCCACGGGAACCCUCACCCACUCCAUCUCUUCCAGCUCACUGGAAAUAUUCUUCCAAUGUUCGUGCCCCUCCACCUAUUAGCUACAACCCACUGCUGUCCCCCUCCUGCCCCCCAGUGGCCCAACGAGGUAGUAAGGCUAAUGAGGCUGCAAGAAUUGGAGUCAAGACAAACCCUGGUCAGCACAAACAAGGCAUCAAAGCUCUGGACUUCUUAAGCAGACAGCCCUAUCAACUCAAUUCCUCCUUGUUUAGUUAUGGUGGGGGAGUUCCACAGACAACAAGUGCAUAUCCACAAAUGCAACAGCAGCCACCAAUGUCAAAUGGGGUUGGGGUAGUUGGCACAACCCUGAUCUCCCCAAAGCAAAUACCUGUCAAAUCACCACGUAUAUAUGAGAUCAAACGCUUCUCCACUCCCACCCCAAUGUCAGCACCCACAGCCCUGAACCCCACUGUUAUAGUACCACGCUCUGCCACCACUCUGGCUGAGCCACUGUGGCGUUCUGAAAUUUCUUCACCUCCUCCUGUUACCCCGCGAUCUGCUGCACCCUUCUCCCCACCACCUCCUGCUUCUACCGGGGCCCUGCCAGCACUCCCCAAACUUUCCAGUGCCCCUGUCCCCAAUGCAAUGCUCAACCCAGGUUCUAUCCCUAUGCAAACCAAUGCACCUUUUCAGGCAUCCAAGCAGUUUAUAAGCGCCCCAGAUCUGAGUCCCCUCUCCCCAAGUGGUAAGCGCUCAUUUGUUUCUGCUAGUAGCCAAAAUCUUCAAGCACCUAGGCCACGCUUUAGCACCUCUAAUAUGGGGCUGCAGCCCAAUGUGUGGAGGCCAGGCUCCAUUCUCUACUAAGUAACAGACUAUCACAAAAAACACCUUCCUAGUAUAACACUGUUCACAUCAGAAACUUUGCCUGAAGCAGACUUCAUCAUUUACCAAAACAAUAUGAUCAAGACACUGGUUACAUGUCGUUUUUGUCAAACACCUGUAGAUCACUUGAAAUAGCUGCAACUGAUCUAAGAUUUAUUUGUUGUUUCACUUGUAAUUAAUGUUAGGAAUGUGUGAUGCACAAAAUAUUAAUAUAUGAUGGUAUUACUAGAAUAUUUUUUCAGCUAAAUAACAAUUCAAUUAUUUACAUGAUCUAUCAGGAAGGAACGGCCAUGGACAUUGUUAACAGAAAUAGCAGCACCAGACAAAUAAGGUUAAGGGAUGGAACUUUGAAAGAUGAAGUUGAAAGAUAGAUGAAUAUGUGCAACACAUCUGUGUCAAGAGUUAUGGAAUAUCUGUGAUUGACUGAAAGACUCCAGAGGGUUUGUGAAUAUGUGCCAAACUUGUCAUCGGAUGUUUUGAAGUCUGAGGAUAUAUUUGAAGCAGUGACGGAAAGCGAGACACAGUAAUCGCGACAAAAGAGAUACAAGGAAUGAUGCUUGAAGGAUUCUGUGUGGGAACACGUUUGAAGUCCUCACCAGGAGAGAUGGUACAAACCAAAUUUACUCAUAUCUGGAUGCAAAUCAUUUUGGCUACUUGAUGCAUGUGCACAUCUGCGUCUGUUGCUGAUUCCGCUUGCUGAUCGCUUGUCGCUGCCUUCUUUUGAUCUGAACUGCAUGUGAAUUCACAUGUAAGGAGUUAUUGCAUGGCAGGUUGGGGGAAACCCUGUGUCAUGUUUGAACACCAUGAACUAAAUGUUGCAUUUUUUUAUUUGCUGCUUUGGCUUUUGUUAUUGCUGAUGCUUCUGCUUUUUUAUUUUUAUGGGUAUUUUUGCAUACAAGUCUCUUUUUCAGGUGAGGAUGAACCAAAUUUUUCCAAGAUAUAUGCGGAGAAAAAGAUACUAAACUGUACAGUUUCCUUGUCCUUGGUUCGUACACUUAAAUGUACAUCUUCUCCUUAAAAUGUCAAAGCUUUUAUUGUACCUUUGAAUUCUUCCUCUAAAUAACAAUUACAGGUAAAGGUGGUCCUUAAGAUCCAAAAACAUGCUUUAAAUCAGUUCUAAAGUUUUUAUAGUGCUUUGACAUUACCAUGUAAUAAAUACACACCCUAAUGACGUAAAUAGGUACAGCUUAGAACCUUUAAUGAAUGCAUGAUGGUGGCAUAACAUGCACUAUAAUCAACUAAAAUCAAAUUUUGUGGUUGGUGCCAUUUCUCCUCUGAGGUUUGCUAGGUGCUUGUUGGUAGCUUGUAGUUAUAUUGUUCAGAGCAUUCAUUCUUUUUAAUUUUGGGCAUAUAGGGCAUUGGUGUGCUUGAGUCCUACAAUUCAUGUUUUAAGAGAUUCAUUUUCCUGUUGUGGUUUCAACCUUUAGCUCUAUUUUUAAAAUAUUCAUAUUUGCUUUGUUAUAAUGGCAUAACAGCAGCUUUUGCUACGAAUAAGACACAGCAAGUGAGAAUGUAGCUAGUUUAACAGAACUAUGAAAGCUCUGGAUAUUGUAUUCUGUGUCUGCUUUAUUAACUGGAUUAGACACUAAAAAUAAAGCAGAGCAAUAAAAAAAUGAAAAUAAACCAUGUUUCUUGUCCAUUUACAAAUACAUUAACCUUCAGUGUCUCCAUAACAUAUGAACUUGUCAUGUAUCAUUUAUACAUAUGAGGUGGAUUUUGCAUCAAAAUAGGCAAAUCUGCCACAGAGACAUUUGACAUGACAUACGUUUGAAAUGCUGCAAGGAGUCAUUUGAGGUGUUCUGAGUGGCAGGCACGCUUCAUCACGAGAGUUCAGGAAGACCUUCAACGAGCUCAACCCCAGAAAAAACAUUCAGCAACUUGUGCAUAAUGAUUGUUGGAGAACAAUCCACAUGAUCUCACCUCCGGACCUCACCAGAUUUGACUCCUUCGGACUUCACCAUUUUCCCAAAGAUCCAGCUCAAAGGUCACCGUUUUGACACCACUGUGGAAAUCACAGAAGGUGCUUGAUACACUUUGAAAAGAAGACUUCCAGAACAUAUUCCAGAAGUGACAGAAACACUGGGGGUGCUGUAUUGCUGUGCAGGUGGACUAUUUUAAAGCUGGUGGUGUGUAAACUUAGAUAAAUAAAGUCCUUUCUUGAAAACA